AUGCCGUCUGUAGAGCGCACAGUUUCAGAUGCAGCGGGAAGACCUGCUCAAUAUCAACAGCUUUCUCGUAAAGGCAAAAAAGCUUGGAGGAAAAAUAUUGAUUUACAAAAUGUCGAAGCAGCGUUGGAAGAUGCAAGAGAACAAGAAAGAGUUACAGGUACACCAGCCCAUAAGCGCAGCGAUGCGGAACUGUUUGUGGAAGACCGAUCUGGACAAGAGACGACAUUGGCACGUCAGGCGCGUGAAAAGCGCAAGUUGCGGUCGCAAGAGAUCCUUUCACAGCGAAGUGCUGUACCUGCGAUGCACCAAAAAGCCCGAUCAUCAUUUCAAUUAGAUACAAAGAAUCCAGGAGGGAAAGCUGUUGCCGCGGGAAUACCUGAGAAACUGAAAAAGCGAUUGCGAAUAUUGGCUUCGCGACCGCAUGAAGGAUUGCAAGGAGAAUCUGAGCAAGGCAGUGCGGGCAAGUUUCAAAGUGAUGCUGCCCUCGCGAGUAAACACGAUUUAUGGAGUACGCCGCCAUCCAAAGUGGAUAACGACUGGGUCAUGCCAGCGAUAAAGAAGAGUGUGCAUCGACCCACAUCCAUGAAUCAUGAGCCUCUUGCUCCAGCAAAGAUGAUGCCUGCUGUAUCGGCGCCUCAUCCUGGCACGUCUUACAACCCGGAUUUCGACAGCCAUGAAGAAUUAGUACAAGCAGCGUUUGAAAAAGCCAAAGCGGAGGAAGCAAAUGACCAUGAAAAAGAGACGUUGAAUGCGAAGUGGAAAGAUGUUGCCCGCGGACCUACAACCUCGUUGCCUAUUGAUAUGCCUAUCGAUGUAGACGACGAAGUGCUACCAGCCCAUAAUGGCGAGCUUGAGGAGGGAACUGCAGAGGGCGACGAGAAUGCACAUACCCUAAAGUUACCAGGACGUAAAACAGCUGCACAACGUCGUCGCGAAGCCCGAUCGAAAGAGCAGCACACUCUAGCAGUACAGCGACGCAAGGAGCGCCAGCUACGUGCCAUAAUGUCAGAAAUGCCCGGACACGUUAAGAACUUGAAAAAGCUGGCACAGAAACGAGCGGAGCUGAGCGAGCAACGGCAACAGCACAAAAUUGAGAAGCUCAAACAGGCAGGUAUGGCUGGGAAACGAAUCAGCAAGUAUGCGGUGCCUGAACAGCGAAUGGAUGUGCAAACAGGCGACGAGUUGAGUGAAAGUCUUCGCCAGCUCAAGCCCGAAGGCAAUUUAUUCUGGGACCGCUUCCAAAAUAUGCAAGCCCGUGGUCUUGUGGAAGCGCGUAAGCCCGUCAAGCCAAAACGACGUCUCAAGACGAAGACGUAUGACCGACAUACUUUCAAGCGUGAUGACAUCUGA